AUGGGGCCUAUUAAGCAUAAAGCCCUGAUCAACGUUGAUCUAGGGGAGGGGUUCGGCAACUGGACAAUCAUUUCGGAUGAAGACUUGCUUCCAUUCAUUGACCAUGCCAAUAUUGCUUGUGGAUUUCAUGCCUCUGACCCCCUCAUCAUGAUGGACACCGUUCGCAGCUGCAAGAAACACGGCGUCAAAAUUGGAGCACACCCCGGACUGCCAGACCUCCAGGGCUUUGGCAGACGAGAGAUGAAACUCUCGCCGGAGGAGCUUACCGCAAUCACGAUUUACCAAGUUGGAGCCCUCAAGGGGUUCUUAGACCGCGAGGGAGUCCCACUUCACCAUGUCAAGCCCCAUGGGUCACUUUAUGGUAUGUGCUGCAGAGACUACGACAUUGCGAAGGCUGUCUUUAGUGGCGUACCCAAAGGCGUCAAGGUGUUCGGGCUCCCGGGUACUUGUAUGGAGCAAGCUGCCAGAGACUUGGGACUCGAGUUCGUUGCAGAAUUGUAUGCGGAUGUCAAGUACAAUGCGGAUGCUUCUCUUCUCAUCGAGCGCAAGAAGAAGGCUUGGGAUCUUGAUGAGGUCCGACAACGCGUAACCCAACAGAUGGAAACGUGCACUGCGCGUGCGACCGAUGGAUCCACAUGUGACUUGCCUGUCAAGGAUUAUCCUAUCUCGAUCUGUUGUCAUUCCGACGUUCCCGGGUGCUUGGAAUUAGUGAAAGCAACAAGAGGUGUUGUUAACACCUUCAACAAGGCUUACUUCCCCGAGUAG